AUGAAAGCGCUGGUGUCUUUCUACAUGUCCACUUGUCUGUUCGCAAUAUCUGUCGUUUUUAACAACUCCUCGUUUUACCUCCUGCCGUGUGAUGCCUUUCCAUUUGGGGUUUCCGAAAAUAAAUACAUUCAGGCUUUCCCCGAUUUCCACCUCUUUUACGAAUAUGUGGACGUCAGAAGUGAUGACUCCCCAUCUGAAUUGGGGCUCGCACAGAAGGAAAGGAAGAGAAGCCGAAAAGUGCUAUUCCAGUCCGAUAAAGUAGUGUCUUAUAAAAAUUGCGGACUCAGUAGCGGUGCAAAUCACGAGCAGGAUUGUGAAAAUAAUUAUGAAAAGCACAGCGUACACAAUUACGUAGAGGAUUAUCCUCAGGGAAGUCGUAGAAACUGUAUCGCUACCCACGGGGAAGGAACGCGAAGCGAACUGUUCCAGAACAGGUGUGCUGCAAUGGGGUUAAAAUUUUCUCAGCGCCUGAGUCAGAUGUUCCGUUGGUGCCUCCCCGGUAGUUCCAACAUUGGGAAUGGAUUUGAAACUAUCCAUUUUGGUUUCCCCGAUGCUUACACCUUUGGUGGAAAGCGGAUUCUUAUGUGUAGAGAGGAUUCUGAUGACCAUAAGCUGGACAGGCAAAUCAGUAACAGUAGCAAUGCGUGGAGUAAGGACAGCUCAGAGGUCGCACUUUCCCCUUCUAACGAGCUGUGCCAAAAUAGCGACCUGAACCUGAUCCAAGAAAUUUACGAAUACGAGAUUUACCCAUUUCUGAAAGGACUCCUCAGGAAGAACUUGCGCAGAAGAUCCCCUCAUGUUAUAAACAAAUCAGAGACAUAUUUUUCCGGCUGCACAGAAGGGAUUGCAUCCAAGAGAAGCGAAAACGUUCAAGUAGGAGAACAUAUUGUGUUGUAUCACCCCUCCCGUAGACAUCGAAACGAUAUAUUCAAUCAGUCCAAAGGGAUCAACCGGAAAAAGAAGAAGAAGAAGCAUAGGAAAAGGGGGAAGGAAAACAAGUCCGAUGGGAUGGCAAAUACUCACAGAACAGGGAAUAAUUCUUACCUAAAACAAGAUGAAGAUAAAGAUGAUGUGCACAUCCCUGCAGAAAUGCAUUACGUCUAUACCAUAAAGAAGAAGCUGCUGCGCAACGUCGCCUUCUUAAACAUGUUAAAUAAAUACAUUCAGUACAAAUAUCAUUCCAACGGAUUGGUCAAGGUGGGAGAAGAUGCGGGAUAUCCUGGCCACCCCGAGGGGAAGGCAAAGAGGAGCCGCUUCACCCCCUUUCUGGAACAGCAUUACGGGAAAAUCAGCAUGAGUGAAAAAAGUGGGCAGAAAAAAUAUAGCCAUAAAGGGGGCAUAUCCUUUAUUAACAAAAAGGCCAUUGUCAUCUUGGAUCAUUUAAAAAAAGAAACCUCAUAUCUGGUCGUCUCCUACGUGGUCGAGGAAGAAAAGGCUCAACUGCUAAACUUCACAGAAUAUUUUGUCCCCCUGAAGGUGCCUGUAUAUAUGCGAAGUUUUAUGGACACCCCUGAGGAGGGCAAUCACGCCAAACAGUACGAACAGAUCGAUGGAUACAUUUCCCCCAAUGCAGAUCAUCUGCAUUGGAAGGAAGAUAUUUGCUACUAUAACUAUGGAGACAACUGUAUGGAAUAUUUAAAGAAUCUCUUUUUAAAAACAUGCAAAGUAGUCGUGCAUCCUGAUGGUGAGGUCAACAAGCGGAGGGAAUUCUUGCAUGUGAUGAACCCGGUAGGGAGGACGUGCCUCGUAAAUGAGCACCAUAAGUAUAUGCAGGAGAGAGAGACAGAAUUGCCAAGGGGGGCAAAAAAAUGCAAUGAGGAGGAUAACCAAAAAGUGGGUCAUUCACACGGAAGUGUAGCGACAAAAGGGAGGGAGCCCCAUUUCUUGCGGUUGUAUGCCCAUUUGGCCCACAUGAAAGGAUUUCACUGUUUUAACCGCUGGCUAUUUCGCUUGUUUCAGGUGUACAGGGGUCUGUACCAGAGUGGGAAGUUAAAAGGUGAAGGGGAAAGUCGGAGGGGAUCCACGGGAAGGGAAGAUGACCCCACGCAGGGGCUGCACGUCGAUAAGGCGUGGGAGCCACGCAGAAGCAGAGCAAACGACGCCAUCAACGUGAGCAAUGCCAGUAACACCAGUAACGCGAGAAACGUCGCUAACUUCAGCAACGUCAGCGAAACCAGUGACUUCCCUAACCACGCAAAGAGAGGUAACAUGACUCAUCGCAGGGAAUACAUAGUCAGCACGUACGCCAGAUCGGACGGCGGGUACCACUACUACCUGAUCAACUACAACAACCAGAAGUACAUUUUCGAGGUGAGCGCUAACUCAGACCUGUAUAGCAGACCGCACACUAGAAGUAAAAAAAACAGAGAAGACAUGACAGACACAGAAAGGGCCAUAAUAGAAAAUAUGAAGAAAUACAUGGAGGAAGGAAACAACUUCUCCGUGUACAUUGAUGACGUACCUCCCCCAAAAGUGUAUGACAAGGGCUGUAACAAAUUUAACACGAUAAAAUGGGCGUUGAUUCUCUUCUUCAUACCGGCCUGGUUAUUACUAAAUGUGGUGUACAUUGUGUAUGUGAAGAAUGUAUGGAGACAGAUGUUGAACCCGUUGUAUAGACUCAUGUUGUCUCCGUCGAUCAUUCGACUCGCAUCCUACAUCAUGCUGUUACUUUUCUGCAUGAUUCAGUUCCCCUACAAGAAUAGACGCUAUGUGGAGUAUACUAUUUUGUCAUAUAUGGCUCUGAACACCAUGUUCAACACCAUCUUUUAUGGCAACCUCAUUCUUAUAAGUAAAGGGUACAUGAUAACAAGGGGCAAAUUUAGCAGAAGGGAUAGCCUAUCCCUAACCCUACUUAUUAGCAGCAUAUACAUUUUAACCUCUUUUAACCAGCUAAAUGUCAUUAAUGAUACUCCCAUAUUGAUCUUUAUCAAUGUCAGUUUGCUCCUAGUCCUUGUUGUCAACACCAUAUCGAUUCAGAAUUUUCUAAAAUUGAAGCUGUCCUUUGUCAGAAGUGUACGAAUGAUGGAUUCCUGGGAAGAGUCACUCAGAAUAAAAUUGAGCAUGUAUAGAAUGUACCUCCUCAUCAUUGUUAGCUUCUUCAGCUUAGAAAUUUUACUGCACUUGCUAAAAGCCAUGUUUAAUUUUUUAACGGGGACUGUCAUCCUGAUCGAGUACGCCUUCGAGUUGAUUAUGUGGUGCUGCGUGUUGUACGUUUUUAGACCCCGGGGUAACGUGCUCUACUUUUCUCUCCUGUAUGAUAAUUUCACCUUUAAUAUAAUGCCACUCUACGUGGCGAAGACGAGCGACGGGAUGUUCGACACGGUGAGCGAUGGCAUGCUCGAGACGAUGAGCCAGAAACAGUGGCCUCUCCCGGGCGCACACUUUCCCAUUUUUAUUUUAAACCCCCGGGAGCACACCGACCAGAAUUACCUCUCGCGCAUGGCCGUGGGGUGGCCCCUGGUUGUGCACCACGCGAAGAGGUAUAUCUGA